AUGGCAUGCACUGAAGAGCUUGUCCAAACACCCCUCACAGCCGACUCCCGUGUUUUCUUCGCUUCCAUUAUGCAUCUUAAUCUGGAUACCCUGAAGUUAUCGGGAACUCUUUUCUCAUCUUUUAGAAAUGGUGGAAGAUUAGAGGAAUACGAUGAACUGUGGCCGGUACGUUGGGCUAGAUGCCGCAUCUUUUCCAAUCCUGAAGAUGCCCUUAGAUCGACGUUCGCUGUGAGUAGCAUGGUAAUUUAUUUUCGAAUAUGCUAUCAACGAGACGACGAAGGGAUGUCAUCUUGCUCCGUCAGGCUUUGCGGAUACUUUUUCCGACCUUGGAGUGUGAAAUUCGUUAUUUGUGUGAUACUGUCACUUACACACUAUUUCAUUUUCUUCGGUGUAUGUUGUAUUCCAUGCUGCUACCAUUACUCAUGUCGGCAACACAGCUUUUAUCAUCGUCACAAAUGCUCUCGUACAUUCAUAAGAUGCUGUUCAAACAUUUUCCAUUUCACUGUACUGAUUGUCUCGCUACUCGGUACCGUGUCACUUAUUGUCUUAAACUUUAUACUUCUCUCCUCCGUUCACAUAAUCGGCUCAAACACCUUUCCACCAGAAAUUGAUCAGGUGAGUCUCAUGAAAAUUUCUCCCGUUUCAAUUUUAAUUUUAUUUCAUUUUAUCUUCUUCUGUUUUAGCAUUUGUAUUACCCUACUGCCAACUUCUCGUUCCAUUCACGCAGCAGUACUACCUUCGCCUGUGCUACCUUUCCAUUCUCUCGAGCAAAACGUGAAUAGGAUUUUUCUGCCGAAUGAUAAGAAAGCUUCUACCGUCUGUAAAUCACUCUGGAAAGACGGCGAAUUUGGGAUUGGUUUUCGUCGAAAAGAAGCCGGACCUUGGCAGACUAGACGUCGUUUCAAUAAUAGGCUAAUAGCCGUCGCUACGCAAGUGAUAAUGAAUAAUACGAUUCCGGAAGAGGCAUAUCUAGAAUUACGUUUCGACCAUGCUCUCAUGCUUGAACUCGGACCUCUUCAUGACCACAUGUUUGCAUGCGUGCGCGGGAAGCAAAGUGGAUGGCAAUUUAUCAGUCACUUGCACCACACAUCCUGGCCAUACUUUCUUGGAUGCAGACAGAAUUGGCGAUUUAUCGAAAAAAAUUUGAUUGAGUGCUUCAAUAUAAGGAGCCGGAUUUCACAGCAGAGGCAUCAUGCAUGGCGUGAACAUCGACGAAGAAGAAACGAAAGGAAAGGAAAAUUUGACUAA